UCCUGUCUGGUGUAUAAGGAACGCGAUUCCGUCAAUGUACCACCAUGCCAACUCACUGACGCUCUUCACGUUAAGGCGAGACCACGGCGGUAACAACAGUGACAACCCCACAUCCUCAGCAGCAUCUAUUACAACGACAUGCGUGAAUGUAUCAGCGUCCACAUCGGCCAAGCUGGCGUCCAGAUCGGCAAUGCAUGCUGGGAGUUGUACUGUCUGGAGCACGGCAUUCAGCCUGAUGGUCAGAUGCCCUCAGACAAGACCAUCGGGGGUGUGGACGACUCCUUCAACACCUUCUUCAGCGAGACGGGGUCGGGGAAACACGUGCCCAGGGCCUUAUUUAUCGACACUGAUAAUUCUUCCGUUGAUGCGAUCAGGAACGGAUCCUACCGCCAAUUGUUUGACCCCGAACUUCUGGCUAGCGGUAAGACUCACGCAGGAAGCCUUUAUCCUAAGGGGUACAAUAUACUGGGCAGAAAACUUGACCGGAUCCGGAAGCUGACUGAGCAGUGUAGUGACCUCCAGGGCUUCCUCCUAUUUCACGGCGUCGGGGGCGGCACCGGCUCCGGCUUCACGUCUCUGUUGAUGGAGAAUCUGUCCGAUAUCUAUGGCACCAAGGCAAAGCUGUCGUUCUCCGUGUACCCAACACCCCAGCUGUCUAACCAAGUCGUGGACCCCUACAACGCCGUUCUGUCCACCCACUCCCUUCUCCAACACUGUGACUGCGCCUUCAUGGUCGACAACGAGGCUAUAUACGACAUCUGCCGCCGUAACCUUGACAUUGAAAGUCCUAAAUUCGCCAACCUGAACAACGUGAUUGCUCAGGUAACCAGCUCUGUCACUGCCCCUCUCCGAUUCCACGGGGCCCUGAACGUGGAUCUGAAAGCGAUCCAAACCAACCUGGUUCCCCAUCCACGAAUCCGCUUCCCCAUGGCGAGCUAUGCGCCGAUCACUAAGAAGGGCGGUGUCGGAACGGCCUCUGUGUCCGACAUGACGAGCGCCUGUUUUAAUCCCGACAACCAGAUGGUCAGAUGUGAUCCGAGUCGCGCCAAGUACAUGGCCUGCUGCCUCCAGUACCGCGGAGACUUCGCUUCCAAUGAAGUAAACAGUGCUAUACAGUCUGUCAAGGCGAAGGGGACAGCCAGGUUCGCCGAUUGGUGUCCUACAGACUUCAAGGUCGGAAUUCACGCGCAGGCGCCAUCUACUUCCGCCGGAAGUGACCUUGCCAAGGUGGAGAGAGCUGUUUGCAUGCUGAGCAACAACUCCGGUAUCGCCAAGGCAUGGGGUCGUCUCAGCCGCAAGUUUGAUUUGAUGUAUGCCAAGCGUGCCUACCUCCACUUCUACGAGAGUGAGGCGAUGGACAUGAAACAAUUUGGGGAGGCCCGUGAAGACUUGGCCUCCCUGGAGAAUGAUUACAAAAAUAUUGAUUCCGGUUCAUUUGACCCUAAGUUAUAAACUGGAAAAAACAAUCAUAAAAAUAAAUAAAUCAUUUUAUCCUACAGUAGGUGUGUAGUAUCUUAUAGGAUGUUUAUUUAACUAUGCCCUUUCUAUCGAGAAAUUGUGUGAAUUGUGUCAAUAAUUGAAAUUGCUUGUGUAAAUUGUCGCCUCAACAAGUUGUGUUUCUGGGUGUUUAUAUACGGAUGCUUCUCUGAGAACAGAGAUUCAUAACAAUAAAU